CUCAGACCCCUCUCUCCCUCCCCAGCAGUGCAGCCCGGACCUAGCGUGCGAGCUCUGGGCGUGUACCAGGGGGCGUGCCAGUCCUGUCUCGGGGGCUCCUCGCCUUCCCAGCCCCAGAGUCCAUAGUUCGCAGCACACGGAGCUCGCUGUCCCCCGGUCCCGCUCCGCACAGCUCGCCAGGCAGGCUCCCCUCUCCGGCCAUGGAUACACACUGCUCGCUGCCCGCAGCCCUGCUGCUCUGCUUCUUCCUGUGGGACAUACCCGGCUUCCAGCAGGCAUCCAUCCCCUCCAGCCAGCUGCCCAGGGCGGCCAGGAGGCAGCCCCCCAUACACAGCCAGGAGCCCACCCAGCGAUGGCCCGUGGUGCCCCAUGAUUACAUGCUGUCCAUCUACAGAACUUUCUCCACUGCGGAAAAACUGGGCAUCAAUGCCAGUCUCUUCCAGUCCUCCAAGUCUGCCAACACCAUCACCAGCUUUGUGGAUAGGCGUCAGGGUGAGUGAGUAGUUUGUACUGGGGGUCUGUGCCGGUGUAGGAUUUGGAGGUACAGUGCCGUGUAUCUAGGUACAGUGGUACAGUGCCAUGUAUGUAGGUACAGUGCCGUGUAUGUGGUACAGGGGUACAGUGCCAUGUAUGUAGGUACAGUGCCGUGUAUGUGGUACAGGGGUACAGUGUCAUGUAUGUAGGUACAAUGCCGUGUAUGGAGGUACAAUACCUUGUCUAAGAUAUGGGGAUACAGUGCCAUAUGGAGGUACAGUGCAAUGUAUGAGGUAUGUAGGUACAGACAGUGCAGUGUAUGGAUGUACAAUGCCUUGUAUAAGAUAUGGGGGAACAAUGCCAUAUGGAGGUACAGUGCCAUGUGUAGGGUAGGGAGGUACAGUGUCAUAUAUUGGGUAAGGAGGUACAGUGCCAUGUAUGGGGUGCAGUGCCAUGUAUGGGGUAAGGAGCUACAUUGCCACGUAUGGGUUAUAGGGGUACAGUCCCGUGUAUGUGUUAUGGGAGGUACAGUGCCAUGUGUGAGGUAUUAGGUUAUAGUGCCAUGUAUGAGUUAUGAGGGUAUAGUGUGCCAUGUAUUGUGUAUCGGGGUAUAGUGCCAUGUUUGGGAUAUGGGAGAGCAGUGCCAUACAUUGGGUAUGAAGGUACAGUGCCAUGUUUGAGGUAUGGAGGGCAGUGCCAUACAUUGGGUAUGAAGGUACAGUGCCAUGUUUGAGGUAUGAAGGGCAGUGCCAUACAUUGGGUAUGAAGGUACAGUGCCAUGUUUGAGGUAUGGGGGGCAGUGCCAUACAUUGGGUAUGAAGGUACAGUGCUUUUCAUGGGGUAUAGUGCCUUGCAUGGGGUAUAAGGGUACAGUGCCUUGCAUGGGGUAUUGGUGUACAGUGCCUUGCAUGGGGUAUUGGGGUACAGUGCCUUGCAUGGGGUAUAGGGGUACAGUGCCUUGCAUGGGGUGUAGGGGUGCAGUGCCUUACAUGGGGUAUUGGGGUACAGUGUUAUGGAUAGGUUAUGGCACAAUGCAUGGGGUACAUAGAGAGAUAGAUUGUAACUAUAUAUUUUAUGCUGGCAUUGGAUGUACAGCCCAAGGCAAUAUGUUGCCAGUUUGCUACCCUUGUGAUUGUGUCUAUUGUUUUUCGUUCACGAGUUUGGAUGACCAUGUGUAAAGGCUCCGAUCUGAUAUGUUCUCAAUAAUUGGUGCCAAAAGAAAGAAACGGUUGUUUUGGGGGUAAAACUGCCUGAAUUUGGGUUCAAGGCACCGAGAAGUGUACAGAUAAAGACAGACACAAUCAUUUGAAUGGAGGGAACAGGAGUUAUUUGUUUUCUAAUUCUGUUUUGUCAGAGAUAGAAGAGAAUCCUUAUUGUGUCCAGUCCUGGUUUAAACAAAUACUCAGUUCCCAACAGAAUGAGGGUAAACAUUUACUGAGCUGUAUUGUAUCAGAGAACUCUGCUGUAUCAGGAAUCCAUGAUCCUGGGGUACUCCUCCAAAAAGGGGGCUCUCCCUCCCAUGAUUGGAUGGUGGAGUGCAGUCCAUGAUUACUCCUUUUUAUCUGAAAUACUGAGAUUUGGAACAGCAAAGAGCUUACGUCUGUCAGCGUUUAGUAAAAUACUGCGUUUUAUUGUAUAUCACUUCAGUGUGCAUGGUGUUCUCUUGUGAGAUACCCGAAGCCUAAAGCAAUAGCUGCAUUGUAAAUUUGAUUUACGAGCAGUAUUUCUUGGAGAUAGUCCCAUUAAAUAACAUAAAAGGAUGUAACCUGGUCAACUAAGAUUGCCUCAAAUGUCCCCAGGGUAGUUUUUUUUUCAGUUACUGUAAUCCCAGCUCUGCUGUAUCCCCCCUCUAAGGCUCAGUGAUGUGAAAAAGAGAGAAAAAGGGACACUUUUGGGUGAAAUAAAAAAAAACCCACAGUUUAAAUGCCCUCCCCCCCCCCCUUAAUCCCCAAGCAGUGGGUUAAUUGACAUACAGCCUGUCUAUCAUAAGAUUUUUCAAAGAAUUGGGAUUGAUUUUAGGUAGAGAUAGUGCUCCUUAAUCUGUACACCAUUGACCCCAUGAUUAAAGGGGUACACCAUUCCAAGCUUUUUUGUUAACACAUUUAGAUCCUACAUGGGGCUUGUACAUAAAAAGUAAAGUGUCAAAUUAUAAUAUUUCUAGAGGUAAAACCUGCUCAGCUGUGGUUUAUGGAUUCAUUAUUUGCUGAUAAUUUCGUUUUAGCAAAUUAUUUAUAUUUAUUGUUCAUUUUAGGGGCGUUAAGAUGAUGCUGGGAUUUGAUUAACCUACUUUUAUUUGUAGUUGUGUGAGCUAUUUAUUCAGUCCUAGCCUCAAUUAUUAGGGAAAAAAACAAACCACACCGUCCAAACUUGUUUCAUUCUUUUUGAUCUGCAGAAAUCUUUUCUCUUACAAGAGGGAAAAAUGAGAGACCUUUAGCCUUACACUGUGUGAUUCUCACUCAAUUUAAAUUUCAUUCAUGUUCUAACAAAUACCAUUAUCGCUGUGUGGAGCAGAUAGUUCAUUUAUCCUGUGUGUUUUCUGUUUUGAUGAGAGCGAAUUUAUCUGUUUGUUAUGGAAACGAAAAAUCGAGAGAGCGAAAUAUGGUUAAUAUUCCUGCUAGCUAUGUACUAAGCCGUGGAAAGUUAGGAAACAGAUUUUUUUUUUUUUUUUUUUAAAGAAACCUACUAACUAGAUCUCUCUCUGAUAUGCCCAGCUUUCCAGCUGACGCACAGACUCGCGGUGUAAUAAAUCGCUCGCAGCUUUAUUCACUAAAAGGUGAAUUGUGGUAGUUUAAUAAUAUUCGAUUUGCAAACUUCAGACAAAAAUAGCAGCGUUGCAUAAAAUGUUCAAAUUAGGUGUUUUAUUUUUUUUGUAUUUUUUUUUUGUUAACUUGUUUUUGUCUCUGCUGUUUUGGUUUGGAUUUUGCAAAUCGGUCACAGACUCAUUACAUCUCGCUGCCUGGUACAUACUAGAGAGAAAACUAGAUUAUACUAUGAGGAAAGAGGGGAUGAGAUAAUAAAUAGGAAAGAGAGAGAGAGAGAGAGAGAGAGAAGGAAAUAAUGAGAGAGAGAGUGAGAGAAAGAGAGAGAGAGGGGGAAGGAAAUAAUGAGAGAGGGAAGGAAAUAAUGAGAGAGAGAAAGAGAGAGAGAGGGGGGAAGGAAAUAAUGAGAGAGAGAGAGAGAGAGAGAGAGAGAGGGAAGGAAAUAAAGAGAGAGAUAAUAGAGAGAGAGAGAGAAAGAGAGAGAGAGGGAAGAAAGGAAAUAAUAGAGAGAGGGAAGAAAGAGAGAGAGAGAAAGAGAGAGGGGGAAGGAAAUAAUGAGAGGGAAGGAAAUAAUGAGAGAGAGAGAGAGAGAGAGAGAGAGGCGGAAGGAAAUAAUGAGAGAGAGAGAGAGGGGGGGAGGAAAUAAUAAGAGAGAGAGAGAGAGAGAGGGGGGGAAAGGAAAUAAUGAGAGAGUGGAGUAUGGGGGUAGAGAGAGGAGGAGGACAACAUGUAACAAAAAGAGAGAGAGGGAAAUUGGAGGGAUAAAGAUACAACAGGGGAUUUUGAGAGAGUAAGAGAGAGAAAAGAAAUAUGGGGGAAACAGAAUUUGAGGGAGAGGGACUGACAGAGAGAGUGAACUUGGGGAAGAGAGAGAGAAUCUUGGGAAGUGAGGGGGAUAUAGGGAGAGAGCAGGCACUCAGUAAGAAGUUAUACCCAGGGGCCCCUCAGGCUUUUUUACAGGCAGUAAAGAGACAUCCUCCCAAAUUUUCAAACAAAUAUAGAAUAUUCAAUAAAACAGUAAACACUAUAGUUUAAAUAGGAAUCCUAUGUGUUUAAUAUGUUUUUAAAAUACAUCGAUUUAUUUUAUUGAACAUAUUAUGAUGAAAGGCAGACUGAUAUGUAGAUAGCUGAAUUAUUUAUAUCUGAUUUUCUCCUAGACUCUCAGUAAUGUCAAUGAUUUGAUCUUGUUGUUAGGGAGAAUCCCACUUGUUAAAGCAGCAAUAAACCUGACUAGCUGUUGAGUAUUAACACAGAGCUUCCAUACAUGGUACCCAGAGCUCCUCUCCCUUGCAGGACACUGAUGGCUUUCAGAGCUCAAGUCCUCCCAGAUUGAUUAAGGCAAAGCCUCACUUUCUCCUUACUUGAUUUUGAUUUGAUGUGUCACAGGCUGUGACCUUGUUUCGGACCUUCAGAGAUUUGCUUUGCAUCAAGCCACUGAUUGGAGUAUUUGAACUCAUGAUCUAAUUGAGAAUUCAUGUCAUAACACAUCAAAUGUUGUCUAGUCUCCCCUUCCAUAAUGAAAGAGACCAGUCACUGGCACCGCCCCAAAUCCAUCAAGACUUCCUCCCCUGUGAACUGCUAGCUUUUUGCCCACCUCCAAUUUAAUUGCUGGGCUGGCUGAGAACGAUUCAGAAACCAUUGCUGUCACCUCUCUUGCAGACACUUCAGCUUUCAAACCCAGUCCCAACUAGAUACAUUGUUAUUCUCACUUAGAAUUACAUUUGUAUCUAUUAAAUCCCACGUGAUACAUAUAACAUGAAAUGUCACAUAGUCAAUUACUAAUGUAAAUUGGAAACAAACUCUUUAUUUUUCCAUCAAUGAAAAUAUGUAAUUAUUAAAUAUUUUUUUUUUUUUAAACAAUAAAUAAAUCUCGAGUCUCUAAUUCUCGUUAGUCCUUGUGGGUUUAAAAACAUUUUAAUAUAAUUUUCAUAAAUUCGGUUCUGCUAUAUGAGUCUACUCACUAACCAACGAAUUGUGGCGAAUUAACACUUCGCACGUAUUAAAAUAAAAGACAAAAAUAGCAGAAUAAUGAAAAAAAAACCAAAUAAAGUAACGCAUGUACAAUUCAACCUGAUUUUCGAUUCCCCCCCCCACCCCCCCUUUCUAAACCUAUUUUAGACACAGUUUUAUAAGUCGGAAUCCAGCUCACAAGAAUAGACUGUUUAGAGGAUAAACCCUUUAAAUUUAACUCAUAAAUUAACAGUUACAGUAGAUCCCAUUCAGCGAUUCGUUCAUACUUUCUUGCACAUAUUAUUCUUGUUCCCUUAAAAACAAUUUAGAGUAUAAAAGGAAUAAUAUAAAUACAAUAGAGGCGUGGACACAAUAUAAGAACAUGACACUUUGACAUCAGGAUUUAUAAACAGGAUAUAAAAUGACAGGAUCAUUUAAGGUUAACCCGACUUUUUCAUUGCACAACCAGAACUAGUCCCUCAUUAGUGAGGUGGUAGGGGGUUAAAUCCCUUAAGGGCUUAUUCACUAAACAGUGGUUUGUAUCGAACAGUAAAAAUAAACAAAUAAAUAAGUAAAUAAAAUGAAAAAUCAAGAUAAAAUUAGCCAGGCUGUGACUGCAACCCACUAAGAUUUUGUUAUUCUCAAACUCAGUCACUCUGGUCUUAAUUUUGCAAUUCUGCUGAGAAUUCGAUGUUUAGUAAAUGCACCCUAUCCUUUGUGCCUAUUUGUUUUCGUUUGCACGUUUACAGUAAUAAGCUCCCUUUUAGGACAGUUUUAUGGAGGAAAAAAUGCUGUUUUCCUUUGUUUCAGUUUAAAAGAUUGUAAUCAAAACAGUUAAACAGGGGAGAAAAACUGUUUGUAGAUUCGCCUGUGUUUCUUUUUGUGGUCGCACGAUCAGACAGGACUUAGGUUUUUGUAGAAAAAUUAGUGUUGGCACAUGAACUAACUCAUUAAAACGCAGAUGGUGUUUUCUGGCCCUCAAACCCCCAGCAUUGCAGCUCCAGAACAUUUCUUGACAAUUAGGACUUGGGUUAAGCAUCGAGAAAAAAAAGAGGGGUGCAAGCCCCCCCCACCCCCCACCUUUGUCAAAUUAACAUCCUACAUCGUUUUAAAAAGGUUCUUUCUAUAGCAAUCCAACCAAAUAAUAUAUAAAAUAUGAACUAUUAUUUUUCAGGAUAAAAGUCUCACUUAGCUGUAACAGGAAAUAAAAAAAUGGAUACAAGGUAGACAAAACAUUCUUUACACAAAAAUAAACAGUUAGCAAGACACGUGCAAUUGCUAAUCGUGGGCUUGUGAAUAAAAUAAAUAAUAAAUUGUUAUGACAAUAAUUUAAUAAUAAUAAAUAAUAACAAAAAGAGAGGAUAAUGGGUGGAAGUAAAAAAUAAAACGCUGUUAUAAUUAAUUUAUUUAUCAGAUUUAGACACCUGUGAGAUACCCUUAUAGAAAGUAAUCAAGACAUUACAGAUGGUAUAUUUAUAAAAAAAAAAAAACACUCUAAAACAUAUAGUGUUUUGGAAGCUAUUCUCAUUGGAAUAAAUGGCUGGUUUUAAAAAUAUAGAAUUUUUAUAGUGAAUUGAAUGUUGAUUUUAUUAGAGUGAAUCUGAUUUUGAUUUUUAACUGUAAGUAAAACAUACUUAUACAAAAAAAAUUCUGGGUUGUAAUAAAAGGGUAAUAUAAUUAUUUUUUUCAAUUAUAUUUGUUAUUGUACACAUGCAUAAUUAAAGAAGCAGAUAUCUAUGUUUCUGUCUUACUGAGGUCAGACAGACAGAUUUGCAUUUCCAAAUAUCACCCCUCCUGUUCAUUAUUUGGUUACUUUGCCUAUAAGGAAACACUAAUGCAGACCAGAAGGCAAACUCUAUAGGGAGUAUAUAAAGAGGUUCCACUCCACUUAUUUAGGGCAAGAACAGGACACCUUGUGGCAAUUUAAUGAUUAACCUUAUUGGAUGAUGUGUUAAACAGCAAGGGGCCAUCAUUUUUUAAACAGAUUUUUAAAAUAGACCAAUAGAGAUGGAUAUCAUGUUUAAAUACAAUGUGUAUGUAUUUAUUUAUUUAUUUUAACACUUUAAGUUUUAUUUCAGAAAUGCAGAAUUCGAUUCUAAAACAAAAAUCCCUUUUUUUAGUGAACAAAUGUAGAGUGAGGUUGUUUUCCUAUUGAUAUGAACGAUCAUACUCCUUUAGUGAAAAAUGUAGCGAAGCAAUGAGACAGCAGAAUUUCAAUAUCUGAUCAGAUCGACCAAUUUCUUGUCCUCUGAGUAGUUAAAAAAUAAAAUAAAAAAAAAUAUAUAUAUACACACAGGUUACCAAUACAUGAAUUUAAAUCGCUGCAGAUUGGACGUCCUGCAACAUUUAACCGAAAAUAAACAAGUUUGACAAGGGCAUGACGUCACGAAUUCACGUUAAACUCUGAAUUUCCCAGUAGUGCUGGCCAUUGAACGAAAAUAAAUAAAUAAAUGGAGCCAUCCCCCCCCCCCCCCCAAAAAAAAAAAAACAAUAGUAUUUUCUAAUAAAAAUGUUGUCAAAAACAACACAACCACCAUCACCACUAACUGUAAUAUUAUUAUUAAUAAUAAUAAUAAAUAAUUAGUUAAAUUAGUAUUUCUUAAACCAAUCCUACUUGAUCAAUAAGCCAUGUUUUAGAUUAUAAAUAGCUAAUCUAAAUAAUUUGACAGUUCCAGAUCCCAGGAAGAACUGAGUAAACUCUCCUCAACCAGAGAUAUCGAACACUUCAUGUGAGAAUGUUCCUCUGUUAUCAAUCUAGAUUCCAUGGAGACUUCUAAUUCAGUAGUAAAUUGUGGUGAGGUUGACUACUGUGGGAAAUUCACCACAGCUCACUCACUAGUGCAGGGAAUGGGAACCUUCGGCACUCCAGAUGUUGUGGACUACAUACCCCAUAAUGCUCUUACACCCAUAAUGCUGGCAAAGCAUCGUGGGAGGUGUAGUCCAAAACAUCUGGAGUGCCAAAGAUUGCCUCUGCCUGCUCUAGUGAUUAGAACUCGUGGUUAGCUCACAAACUAGGCACCAAUUUCAGUCACUAAUGCGGUGUGUGAGACUCUUAGUCCCUAAAAAGCUGCCAAAUUCUCUGAGGACCCAUCCAAUAUCCAGAUGUUCAGACCUUUGGACUUCUCCUGCGCAGGUGAAUGGGAUUUCCAGCGGUUGAGUCACUAAGAUCCAUAGAUCAACCUCCCUAGUCAAUAGGCUAGCUCUUGCCAGUGAUUGCACUGUAGUUUUUAAAGAAGGGAAAUGUGUGCUCCUGAUUUACUGGUCUAAUUCCUGCCAAAAGGCAUCGCUCCUCCAGUGUAACAAGUCAUUAACUGCAGAUUUAUGUGGCUUCCUAGGAAGAAAAACAAAAAAGGGGGAAAAAAGUGGCUGCUUGGUCCUCUCCAAGUGACUCUUAGUUUACAAAGUAAUGGUGAUACUGUAAACCAAUCAACGAGUCAUUUCUCAUGUACCUGCUGGCCAUGUCUGCUCAUGAUAAACCGCCCAAAUGUCCUUAUUUCUCCUCAUUCCAUCACUACACCAUACUUGAAAAGCAGACACAAGUGCUGGGGACACUAAUCCAGUAGCUGGGAGCCAGUAAGAUCACUGCUUGCUCCCUUUUGUAAGGCACAGUUGAGUCAUAAAUAGUAUACUAUUUUUAAAAAAAAUUAACUUUCUUAUCUCUUCCACAAUGGUUUCCACUGGUCCUUCAGUUACACUUUGCUGGCUGAGCAUGGUUGGAGUUGUAUUGUCCUACAGCUAAAAAUCUCAUCCAUUUUCUGAUCCUAAUUUUUUUAGUAUUUUGACUGCUUAGAUGUCUCCAAAUGGGAGCUAUAGAUAAUGCACUCCCUCAUUUUGAGUUAAAUUGGUCAAGAGGGGGUAAUAAGAGAGAGAAAAUCCAAAAUAAAGUGAUUACAGUGAUUAAAACACAUCACUCAUACUGUGCAAGUGAAGCAAUCACCAUGGAAACCAACUGAACGUUCCAUCCUUAGAACUUUGUCCCAGAAUUUCUCGUUAUACAUUAUGGCCCAGUGCUGCUCUAUGAGUGUAGGAUAAAGAUUCGGUUACUACAUUUUGUCCAAUAACCCAUAAGGCUAAAAUCCAAUCGGUUACUUGAGGAAUACAAAUUAAUGCUACUUUGAUUUAACGUCUGUUUAACUUUCUCUUUGUUUGGAAUAAAAUGUUAGUAGAUGAUAUUGCAAAAAAUAAAUAAAAAAAUCUCAAUCUGAACAAGUCUGUCUAUUUUCUUAGUCUACUGCUUGCAUCAAAUGAAUGGUUCACAAGGUCUGUUAACAAAACGUUUUCUGGUGUACCUCUUUACAUGUGGUUUAAAACAGCUUCCUUUACUGGCAAAUUAUUCUUGAAAGUGCGGUUUUGGUAUAAUUUAAGCUAAGAUUUGAACACUGAUGAGUUGGCCAGGAGCCCAGUACCUGAUCUGCCAUGAAACAGGAAACGUUUGGGGUUAUAUAGAUCCCAAAGCUUAGUCAGUUCAGUGGUGCAGGAGUGAAUGAAAUCUGGGGGCAUCAAGUAACUGUUAAAUUUCUAGCCCCCCUCCCCUCCCCCAAACAGUUAUAUAAAGCCCAGGAGAUGGUAAAUCAACAAAACUACCGCUAAGAAUAGGCCAAUCUGUAUAACGAUGUCAUAUAAAGAGGUGAAUAUACCUGUGGAUCGCUGCCAGAACAGGAUCCAAAUGCUUUGUUCAUUAAAGGGUUAAAACCCUACUUAUUAUUACCAGUGCAUAAUAAAAAAAAACAUUAUUAAGGUUUUAAGGUUAUUUGCUUAUCAAAUAGUUCCCCUGGGAUUAGUAUAGUUUUGGGAUAUUAUGAGAUUUUUUUAAACUUUAUUUUAUCGUUCCAGUCAAUAUAAAUUCACAGUUUAUUAAGAUUUAAACAAGAUUUAAAUAAAUACAUCGAUCAGGUUGAUUACUUCUAAUAAAAGCGCACUAAUACACACAGAGUAGUGUGAAAUUAUUAUUAUUUUACAAAGAGAAUACACUUCAAGUUUGAGUUAAUGUAUAUGCAAUGUCUAUUGUGCAUGUAUUUACAUUAAUAUUGCUGUUUAAUAAUUCAAUAGUCUAAAUUAAUAUAAUAAUAAUAAUUAUACUAAGUUCAUUCACCAAACAGUGAUCUGUGAUUGCUUGAGAACCUGCUAUCAUCUACAUUUUAACCGAGCUGAAAAAAAACAAACAAAAAAAAACACAAAAAAAAAAACCACAGCGUUGGGGGGACUGGACGGUGCAGACUGGUGGUUUUGAUGUAAUAAUAAAUUAAGUUGUUUGUAAAUAAUAAUAAUAAUAAUAAUAAUAGUAAUAAUAAUAAUAAUAUCAGUAAUAAUAAUAAUAAUUACAGCCUGAAAGUAUAACAUUCUAUAAUACUUAGUAUUAAUAAAAUAAAAAGCAGCCUGAACCGAUAAAGAAUGAAUCAGGUUUGAAAAUGACUGGUAAUAGGAUAAAAGCAGGCUCUCCAUGUAAGAAUUGGGCAGAUUUGAAAUGAGCAAUAAUAGAAUACAAGCUGCCUGCCCCCUGAGAAUGAAACAGAUUGCACAUGAAAGUGAUGCUGAGUAAACAUGUAACUGUAUCAAUGAAACAGAACUCACAAAUUCCUUCUCUGUGUCUCUUUUGUGUGUUCUUUAAGUGCCGAAACGAAAAGCAAAUUUGAAGAAAGAUUACAAGCCGAGACUUCUCUAAUAGUUUAGUUUUUGUCUCAUCCCUCUGUGCCCCUCCUGCCUGUUUGCCUUUUAAGUCUGUCAAUAGUGGUUAUGAUUAUACAUUCCUGGGAGCUUUCUGGGCUAAGGGGUGUAUGGGCCAUUUCUACACACCUGCUGAUUGCUCGCCCAGGGGGCAAGCUGGAUUUAACCCUCACUUGGCUGUGGUUAACCUUAACUUGGCUGGAUAGAACUUAGAUGUAUGUACACUGCUACAAAAUCCUGGAUUCUUAACAAAUAGUGAAAUAUGUUUUGUUUGCAACUGGAAACCCAUAACAAUUACAUUUUAAAACCCAACCUUUUGCAUUGCUGCACUUUGCACACAUGGAUUUAUUAGCAAAAAAUGCAAACCAAAUGUGUUACAAUACAAUCUAGAAAUAUUUACAGUUGUAGGAGGGAGAUUGAGAGAGGGGGAGAUGAGAGUGAAUGAGAGAAAGCGUGAGAGAGUGAUAGAAAGAACGGAUAAAGAGGGAGAUUGUGAACCACCUGUCAGGUCAAAAGAGUAAUGAUGUCUCUUUAAGGGAGGCGGGGCAUCAUGGGAAUUGUACUUCACCUACACGUGAAGUGCCAUAGGUAGCUGUCAAUGCCCUACUCCUGCCUUGAGUGGCAGAAAAUUUGGAUUUAAAUCGAUCACCAUUAAAUGUCAGAUUUUUGGUAGUGUCUAUAAUUCAUUAAACGGAUCAAUGCAGGUAUAAAACUCUCUAAAGUUAGAUCAUAGCCAUAAAUAAGGUCAUUAUAUACAAACUAAAAAAUUAAAAUAAAAUAUUUAUUAGCUGAGAUCUACUUAUUAUACAGGGCUAUUUAUGGGUUCUGGAAUAUGUACUGGCCCAUUUUAUCCAUCAGUUGUGUGAAGUGCUCUGAUUGACAAAGUAACUUCUAUAUAACUUGUUAUUUAAAUAAUGGAAUCUGUUACAUUGUAACUAGCAGUCUAGAUAAUACUAACUGUUACACUGUAACUGGAAAAGACAAUGCAGUUAAUGUUACAAAGUUACAGAAAAGGCUAACUUGUGUCACUCUGUCCAAGAAGUAUAUUUACAAAUGGAUUAAUUAAUUGUAAUCAAUUGUUUGUUGUCACAAUUGAAGUACUUUUAAAGCAAAUUCAUUUGUAAUCUUUCUAAGAAAAUCAAUACAUACAUUUACCAUUCCUUUAUUAACAUGUAUGCUGUGAUUGUUCCCUUUUUAAAGGAUUCCUCAGGCAGUUUUGGUGAAUUGCUAGUACUGCUGCUAAUAUCUCUUUUAAUACCAACCUUGCCAUACAAACUUUUGUGUGAUAUUGUGAUUUAUUGUGCGUGAGGAGUGGGACUGAGUUUUUAGGAUUUACAUUUUUUUUUCUAAAUUUAAUUAUAUUUUGUCUAAGGCCCAACUGUUGCGUGGCAGUAGAUUAAUGUUGGAUACAUAUCGCAAAUUGAAUUAUUUAUAUACAUAUAUAUAUAUAAUUUUAAUUUUUAAUUUUUUCAGUCUGCAUAGCAUUGCAAUGAAGAAACUAUUAACAGGGUUACUCACUAAAUUAAGAAUUGUGGUAAAAUCAGAGUGAAUUCAAAGUGGAUCCCAAAUUAAAGGCCAAAGUAACCGAAUUGAAAGCAUAACUGGCUGGGAGAAUUUUUCUGGUUCAGCUAUUUUGACUUUAAUUUGAAAUUUACUUCAUUUACUUUAGUAAAUAACCCUACAAGUCUAUUUUUCCUCAACACUAAAAAAAAUACAUAACAUCCACUCUUGUGAUCAAGAAUAGGACAGGGAAACUGAAUGGACUAUAACAAGAAGUUGUGGUGAGUUGAAACCCUGAAAAAACAGAUGAUAUUUAAAACAAAACCCAAGAUUCAUCUCAUUUGGGGAUGUUUACCAAACAUAAACAUUCUGGCCUAAAUUUUCCGAACUGGACCUUCUGGAGCUUCUUUGCAGCUGACUUUUUAAUGAGCGAACACUCAUGAUUGCACUGAUGCUAUAUUGUAAUUCUCAGUAACUUUCUGAGGGUAAUGGGAGGGGCAGUCCAUCAAAGAGAGUUAAGAAUCUCUCAUAAUUCCUAAUCCCCCAGCUCUGUUGGCCGCAUGCAUUCCCAUUGUGUGCCCAAACACAAUCCUUUGGCAUUUGGCACCUACAAACUAUAAACUGUCAGUUUAGCUGUCAUCAUUAUUCCGUGGGAAACCGCUUGCAUAAUGUAACACAUUCAUCCUGUUGCUGCGAAAAAGCAGAGACAACAGUGCAGCCCACACAAGUCAGCUAAGAGGUUAAAAAUCACAGAAUUAUAACAUCCCCUGUUGGCAAUAAACUUUGUAUCAGCUCCUUCACUCUUGAGGGUGUGGUGAAAUGCUAUAAAAUUAAUAUCAUAUUAGGAGUUUUAGAUUUCCUUGCAGGUUAGCCAAGAAAAGUGACACACACAAACACACGCACGCAUUCAUGCACGCACGCACGCACACACACACAUUUAUUCACUAGAUAGAAAUGGUGGGUUGAGGGUGUAAAAAAAAAUGCAGUGGACCUAAAAGACUGUAAGGAAAAUGAAAGGACUACAUGGUCGAGAAUUGGCAUGAAUAAAAUAAUCUCUAUGUCUACAUAUUUUUAGUAGGCAGUUUUUAUGAAUGAAAUGUUUUUAUAAAUGGGUACUGGCUAGCACUAUACUUGGGGAGAGGAAGGUGCUAUUAAAUUUAAGGGAUCUUGGUAUCCACAAGCACUGGACCUAAGGAGUUGGAACCAUAUGUUUGAGGGAUCUGAGAUCCCCAGGUUUCACAAAUCAGUACUUGAUUAUGGGUUAUAUUUGUAAUAGCAAGUCCAAUAUUUUCCAAGACAAACCUAGCUGUGAAAAGGUAAGCAACAUCAAUUGCAGUAUGUGACUUUGCAAUCAGAGUGUGUUUAGUAACUACCUGAAGAAGUCUAGAUCAAAGUCAUAUUUGCAUUCUAAAUUCCAAAUUGUAUUGAUUUUAAUCAAAUCCCACACUGUUUUUUUAAAAUACAGUAACUGCUCAAUGUACUACUAUCCAACUUGCUGUGUGGAGCAAUAUUUUUUUAAACAAAAUUUCAAAAGUGGACUUAUUUUUUUAAAAAGAUAGUGCACUAUAGACCGCAACCAUGUUCUAUUUUGCCUUUCCAUGUACGGCGGUCUCUUGUGCUUUUUUUUCCCCCUCAAGAGUGAUUUCUAAGCCGUAAGGCAUACUCUGAGACCAUUAAUUGUAAGAUAUUUCUCAGAGUCAUUGUGUGUUCUCCGGUGCCAGAGUUGGCGCUAGAUUGUGACCACAUUCUUGAAUAGAUAAUGCUUGUAAUCAGAGGAGGGCUGGCAACUUUUGAACUGGGUUGCAAGUACAAUGGCCCGCACAGUUUGAAGGCCUGUGCAUGCCUAAGAGAUGUAGACUUUGUUUCCCAUGAUUACAAUGCCACCAAUGACAACCAGCAUGUAUUAUGUUUGUCAUAAUCACUGUCUCAUCUCUCCCUACUGUCACUGGCAAACAUCAGAAAGGUGAUCAUACAUUCUCAUUCUAGUCUGGCAGCCUAGUCAGUCUCACAGUCCAUUGGAAAAUAUCCCAGUAGGCCAGUCUAGGCCAGGACAGCCUGAGAGCACAGAGCACCAGCCCAUAUAUAAACCCACAUAGUGACGCCUGUGGACCUCUAUUUUUAGUGGUGGGCUGCGGACCCCCUUCCACAGAGUUCCCAUGUCAACUUACUUGUGUGCAGUACUCUAUUGACUUUAUGCAUUGAAUCUAAUUCAUAUUUUUUACUUACUUUUGAAAAUUUGAAAAUUAUGUUUGUGGCAUAGAUACAUUUGUGGAAAAGAUUGGAUGCCAAGAUUUGAAAUGGAAUCUUAAAUGAUGGUAGUGUGAUAAUGGACAGAGGAUGUGAUGAUAGGAUAAUUAUUGGUAAAACAGUAAGGCAGAUAGCAAGGAUUCAGUAUGGACUGUAAGAGGGCUAAGAUCACGUGGGUGGUUUCUUGACCCACGACAUCAGUUGAGCUUAGACUUCAUCUUGUGUUAGUAAAGUCCUGUAGGUAAGGGCCAAAAUAUUGAUGAGCAAUGUUGAUCCUAACAUGCUGGUAUAUGCCAAUAUAUUCAUUUUUUUUUUUUUAGAUAUUUUGUUUUAGAUAAAUUGUAAGACUACAGUGGGUGUCAGUGGUUACGUUACCGGACUCCCUAGCAAAUAUUUGUGUUCAGACAAUUUGAUAAUAAAAUAUAACAAACAUGUAAAACAAUAUUUAAACUAUAAGUUGGUUCAGAGUAUGAGAGAUUUUAUUUAUUCACCUAUGAUUUAUGGCUAGGGAAUGCUCAGAGGUUUUCUUUAUCUAUAUCAUCAAUAGGGCGAUUAUGUAACCAAUGGAUGUAACUAAAAAUGCAGUGCACUCACUUUUAAACCAGCUGUAGAUAUUAGAACUUUCUAAACAAGCUCUAAAGCUCAUAAAACCUAGGCACAAAUAUGGAAUUAUAUUGCAAAAGCCUGAAAUUGCUCUAAAGUAAAUUUUUAGAAGCUCCUAACCUAUUGAUUAUGCCACUUUCUGGUAUAUUUAUCCCCUAUGGUAAAAUAGACAACCUUUGGCACUCCACCUGUUGUGGACUACAUCUCGCCGGAUGCGUUGCCAGCAUUAUUAUUAUUAUUUUAUUAUUUAUAUAGCGCCAUCAGAUUCUGUAGCGCUGUACAAAGGGAUGACUCUAAAAGCGUUGUGGGAGAAGUAGUCCAGAACAGCUGGACUGCCAAAGGUUUCUUACCCAUGUCCUAGGGCUCACUCUAAUAAAAGUUCUCUUUAAUGACCUGUAAAGGAGGUAGGGGGUGCUACAAUAUGGAGCUGGUCAAACGUCCUAUAUAAUAGAGGAAUAUAAAGAAAAUAUUCUUACAUUGCACUUGAAGUUCAUAAUUCAUGCUGUUGACACUUGAAGGAUUUUUUGACAGCUAACCAACUUUAUUUAGCUGUAAACUUCAUCUGCUAUUGAUUAGGCAAACAAGCCAAAUUCAUGCUAACAGAUAUGUGUAAUGAAAUUUAAACAUACUUAACAUAUGCCUUUCCCUAUUUCUUUUCAUAACAUUUUUAUUUUAUAUCUCAGAGUUUCUUUGCAAUAAUAUGAGGAAUGUUUGGAUUUCUGGAUUUACAGUACGAUUUAAGUACUUAAUACACUUGGGAGGUAUAUUAAUUAAAGUAUCAGAAUGGCGAACAAAUAAAAAGCAAAUUUCUGCAUUUAGUAUUUAUUAAACUCAUAUAUUUUUAUGAGUCUUGUGCUAUUUUCUGUGUCAGGGGACUUUAAUAAAAGUCUCUUCUAUGCAGAUGUGAACAAUACAUUUUCCAGUCGUUUCUAUGUAUUUAACCCCUUAAGGACCAAACUUCUGGAAUAAAAGGGAAUCAUGGCAUGUCACACAUGUAAUGUGUCAUUAAGGGGUUAAAGUUCCCAUUAAUACUGCAGAAAAAGAUCAAAACUAUGCAUUGUGUUUCCCUUUAAAACAUAUGGCAAACUAUUCAGUAAUAAAGUCUUAUCUAGAUCUUGCAGUCUGUCCAUCUUUCAGUGUCUGUCUAUCUAUCUAUAUAUCUAUCUGAAACCUUAUUUUCUUAAUGUCAUUUGUUAAUUAUCUCGUGCAGAACCAGGACGUAAUGGUACACUCCUCCGCCGCCACGGCCCCAUUUUAAUGCCUACCACUAAUCUCAGGCAGCACUGGAAUAUGUAUGUCCCAAUGCUGUGUGUAUAGUAAAAACUUCCCUUUAACCUCUUCACUAGUGAUAUCCCGAACGGUUCGCCGAACGGUUCGUCACGGACGGCGAACAUAAACAUAAACUUUGACCCUGUACCUCACAGUCAGCAGACACAUUCCAGUCAAUCAGCAGCAGACCCUCCCUCCCAGACCCUCCCAUCUCCUGGACAGCAUCCAUUUUACAUUCAUUGUGAAGCUGCAUUCUUAGUGAGCUGUCCACAAACAAACAUACACACAAUCCGCACAAACUUAACACCACUAACAAUCCACAUACAUGCACACAACCCCACAUGCAGCCUCUCACAUGCAAUACCCCAAACAGCCCCAUACAUACACACACUACCAAACACACAAUGUGACAUAUCCAUCCACACACACAAUUCCACAAGCAGCCCCCAUACACAGCCCACAUUCAUAUGUAUCAUACACGAUACCAUAAACUACACCUGAACAUAUACAAUAUAAUAGCUCAAAUACGCACAAAUACAACGAUACAAAGCAAUUACAGUAAAAAUAACACAAGCAGAAUACGGCAGCAUACACACCUCACUUUAAAAAAAAAAAAAGGAACGGCACGCUACGGGACACCACAAUCCUAUAUUGGCACAGUGCUGCUAAAAGGUUGCCUACCCCUGUUCUAGUACAUUAUGAUUGUUUUUGCUAGUUUGCACCUACGUCUUCUAAUAUCACAUGGAAAUCAGGAGACAAUCCACUAAAUGCCAACUAUUCUCCGGUCAUGUGCAGAAAUUUCACAGCCGCAAACCGUAUUAUCAUCAUCAUCAUCAUCAUCAUCAUCAUCAUCAUCAUCAUCAUCAUCUUUCAUGCCAGAGAGAGAGGCAUUAUACUGGGUAAAUGCACGUCUCCUUCUGUAGCCGCUAGACCACUGGGACAUGACUCAAAUUCCCCUGUGAAUGAGACUCUUUAGUCUCUCUCUGAAAGGGGAUAAAUACAAAUAGAGGGGAAUAAAUACCUUUUGGCCCCUCAAGUGUGUCUGGGGUAGGGGCCCUUCCAAACGGUGGGCCUGAUGAGCAUGAUGGGUAUAAAGUGGUUGUGUGGAAGAGCCCAGCCAUCACAUUGUGUUUUAGCAUUAAAGCUGAAUACCACAUGUCAUACAUAUACCUUAUGUGUAUUUUUUUUUAUAAUGAUGGUCUUUUUUAAUCGACAGACAGUUUAUAGGGAAAUAUGAGCAAGACAACAACCAUACAGUGCUUUUUUUUUUUUUUAAAUUGAUUACACUAUUGCCACUUAUGAGUAGUAGGUCUCUUUUAUGCUUUUAUCUUGUUGAUUUCUGAUGCCAGUAAUGGACUGGGCAUAGCUCUAGCUGGUGAUUUGACACAAUUAAUGCCAGGGAGCUAGACAACAUCCUGGCACAAUAGUGAAACAAAUGGAAGAUGGGCAUUCAGCUACAAUAAUAAAACUGUACAUAGCGAAACAUUGCGACACAUUACCGACUUAUUUAAUGUAUUUAACAAAUUAAUUUAGACCUUUUAAGUACCGGUUGAUUGAGGUAACACUGGAUAUGUUCCAGAUUUUCAAAUGUCACCUUCCCUUUAAUUCCCCUGUGACCUCAGUCUGAAUUUGUGAGUUUGUUUUCUUAAUCAUUUAUAUUCAGCGGUGACAUUGCACCAUAGCCUUGUUUAACCUACUAUGUGGUGGUCAUGGAGGGGUUAACAGGUCGUAUUGGCUCAGUGCCCUAGUUAAUCUUGGUUGACAUGCUGCACAACAUCAAGGUGCAGCCUACAUUCUUUGGUGAUGAAUUCUGUAUGGUGCUAUGUACAGUAUCCUCCAGUGCUAUUGAUAUGUGGUUGGUGUUUAUUGGUCUAAAUGUACAAGAUUCCCCCAGGCUGGGUCCUCAAAACUGACAAGCUGUGCUGUAACAGUUCUAAUAUUUUUUUUUUGUUUCCUGUGAAAAAAAGAUUGCAUAUAAAAUCAAAAUACUCUUCAUACACAACUGUGCUGCAUUGCAGGAGAUACACAUCCUUUGUGCAGAACAAUAUACAAUUCUACAUGCCUUACUAUGACACUCCACUGGUUGUAGCACCUCAAUGCCUACAUACAGUCUAAAAGGCAUGUAUAUUCAUGAAAUUGAUUGGAGGGGUACGUGGAAAAAAAGGCAUACUGUAAUGGAGCUGAAAGAAGUAAAACAAACCAUCUGAUGCCCAAGGGGAUGUCCCUCACUCCUCUAUUAUUCUAAAACUGUCUAUAAUGGAAUAGUCUCUUAGCAUGCUGUGAAUCAGCUUGCCAUGCUAUCAGUUCUCAUGCAUUAGCUGUUUGUAUAUUUUCUGGUGUAAACAUUUUUUGUUCAAGGAAUCUCAUCCUUCGACCCCCUCUUCCUCCUUCCCCCCAGAGGCGUUGUGUGUACUCUGCACUCUCCUCUUACUCUCUGUCCACAGUUAUGUGAAUAGUCCAUUUCAUGAGCUCUGAAUAUUUCAUAACACAAAAGGGCAUGCGUGUUCUAAAAACGUUGACAGUGUCUUCAGUAAAGAGCAAUAAUGCAGUCCCUGUGUAGUGCAUUUUCUCAAUGUCUUUGCAUCUCACUCUGCUUUCUGAAGCCUUCCUGUCACAAGAUUCAAAUAUUUUUGGGAUCCAAACUCAUUUACCUACACAGGUUUAGGCAUUUGAACAUCACGUCUGCAACAUUUAAAGGGACUAUAUUACCUAUAACUGUACAGACAUCAUUGUAAAUGUAUCUCAUUAGAAUGAGGAUAUUCGUAUAUGCCAUUUGCUCUUCCCAAAAUCUAGAGACAUAGUGGUUUAAUCGUUUGUAUUUAAAAAAACCAAAAAAAACAAACAAUUUUUUUAGGUCUCUUGUUCAGACACUUAAACAUCAUUCUAUUUUUUUUGUUGCACUUUGUAUUGAAUUGAACAAAACUUCAAUAAAAAGUUAAUCACACACAAAAACAUUGUGAAAAGAAAUAAUAAAAUAAAAUUAAUUGUAUGGAACAGAAAAUUGAAGUGCAAAAGUUGGAGAAUACUUACAAAUCAGCUAUUGUUACCUAAAUGUUUCCUAGAUGUUGCAAUUCUCCUUUCAGUUUUUCACUAUAAUGCAUUGUUUUGUGAAUAAACCCCGCGCUUAUGAAAUUGGUAACAGUAUCCGUAUACAAUUCGCAAUCAACUUGAAGUUUAAGAUAAAUAGUAUUAAUAAAAUACAUUGACGGAGCAGAAAUAAGCAUAGUCCGUUUAUUGUUGUUUAAUGACAGAUUUGAUUUCACAAAUGGUGCAGAAAUAGUUAUUUCCAUUAUCUGUAACUCCUUUAUGGCAAGCUAUUAGUCAAACUCACUUAUAUUACGACAAUCCUGAGAAGUCACAAUUAAAGAUCAUAGCCCACACCCCCCCAAUAUCAAACCUUUUCAUAUAUUGAAGGCUACAAUAUUUAAUUUCAAAUAUGAAAUAUAAUUCACUCUCACUAUAUGGCGACAUUGCGUUAAGCCUACUAUGACAUGGUAUGAGUUCAGUAGGUUCUAAAAUAAUUUAAAGGGACACUCCACACACCUAGAGCUUUUUGACUUGCUGAAAUGCUUUAUGUGUGAAGUGUAUGUCCUUUUAUUUCAUUUUACAAAAAAAGUGCUGAUUUCAAUAGAAAUAUAUCUACAGCCUUUGCAAGUUAUUUUUAGAUAUACCCUAAUAAAAAAAAAUACUUAACUUAAUGCAUGCAGAUUUUGAUUGUGGAAUAUCUACUAAACAGUGAUUUAAAUGUUUUUGUAUUUGGGUAGUGGAGUGUCCCUUUAAAUAUGGUGUGACUAAAUGACAAUAUUAUAUACUAUUAUAUAUUAUUUGAUAUAUAUUUUAUAUAUUAUAUUAUUUUUUGUAUAGCUUUAUAACGGAAACUGUCUAUUUUAGGUGAACACAAUCCCCAUUUGUCUAUUUUUUAAAAUAACUUGGGAUCAUUAGAACAGCUACGCUAUUAAAUUAUGCUUAUUCAGGAGGGUGUCUCCCAAAUUCAGUAGUUCUGUGAAAAUAUACAUCAUUAAUGGGUUAAAUGCCUAUGGCAAUAUAAUAUUUUUAGGAAAUAAUGACAACAAUUUUCAUUUGUAUUACCAUUAUUUUAAUUUAUUUCUACUGAUAAAACAUUAUUAUUAGGAUAUAAAUAAUCUUAUGGUGUAAGGUUUUUGGCAACUUUGAGAUCCAACUAUUUUUCUUUUUGAUGAAAUUAACUUUCUUUUAUUUCUUUUAUUUUACAGAUGAUAUCUCCCACACUCAUUCCAAGAGACUACGGUAUUUGUUUGAUUUAUCUACCCUGUCAGACAAAGAAGAACUGGUGGGAGCUGAACUAAGGGUAUUUCGGAAAACUCCUAUGGAGAUAGUCAAAGCCCCUCAAGGUUUAUACCACCUGCAGAUAUCCUCCUGCACAUCCCAAUCAUUGCUUGAUUCCAGGACUCUAUACCUAAGAGAUUCUUUAACAACUGGCUGGGAAGUGUUUGAUGUAUUUAAAAGCUUCCAUGGCCUCAAUAAGCAGAAGAAACAGCUCUGCCUAGAGUUAAGAGGGACUUUGGCUACAUCUGGUAUGGAGGUGAAUCUAAAAGGACUUGGUUUGGGUAGGAAACCAAAAUCGCACCAAGAGAAGGCACUCCUAGUGGUCUUCACUAGGUCCAAAAGAAAAAAUCUAUACAAUGAGUUGAAGGAACAGGUUCAUUCCUCUAAGGGUUUGGAAAAGGAAACAAAGUUUCCAUUUAAAAGCAGAAGAAGAAGGAGGACAACUUUCAACAGUCGACAUGGCAAAAGGCAUGGAAGGAAAUCCCGUUUAAGAUGUAGCAAAAAACCACUACAUGUGAAUUUUAAAGACCUAGGGUGGGAUGAUUGGAUUAUAGCUCCUUUGGAAUAUGAAGCAUAUCACUGUGAAGGGGUGUGUGAUUUCCCUCUGAGAUCACAUCUUGAACCCACCAACCAUGCCAUAAUUCAGACCUUAAUGAACUCCAUGGACCCAGCGUCCACACCACCCAGCUGCUGCGUGCCUACAAAAUUGACUCCUAUCAGUAUUCUUUAUAUUGAUGCUGGUAACAAUGUUGUCUACAAGCAAUAUGAGGAUAUGGUGGUGGAAUCCUGCGGUUGCAGGUAGCAGCUGGUCUGGAAAUGCUUCAUGUCAAAGUGGAACUAAUGGAGAAAACAAGGGAACUCAAGGACAAGAGUGGGCUGGCCCAGUAUGAAGUUGAAUGAACUUCACCAGGAGAGUGGGUUAUGAUGUCUCACAUGUUUGGUGCACCCCUUUAUUCUACCAGGAUAUCCCUUCCAAUCACUGCAGAAAUAGGCACUGCUGCAAUUUAUUUGAAAAGCUAGUCCAAACUUGCUAAAGCCUGCAAGAGCUCUAAAUCCAAGGGAGUGAGAACUGAACUCAAUCCCUUUUCUGUAAACAUAGAUUAUUGAUAUUCCUCAAAGGGUUUGUACCAUAUCACAGCCUCUCCAAAAAGGAAUGAUAUAAAUGGCUUCUUGGUAGACUCAGAACUCUAACCCUGAAAGAGGAGAGCUGGCAAGAGUGUGAACUACCAUUUAUCUGAUAGCAGUUGAGAACAAGAAUUGUACAAGAAAUGUCUCAUGUUCCAGACUUAGUCAAUAUAUUAGCGGAGGACUGAAAUGUUUGGGGGAUGGAGCCUGAUGGCGGCACUUGGUAAAUGACUUCCACUCCCCCCUCCCCCCUUGCUUCACAUCUGAUGGAACUAAGGCCAUCCAGGUUGAGUGGUGGCCAGUCACGUCUGGGUAGAAAAGGAUUAUGUUGCUGCUUUCUCUGUUGAUUUUUGGAGUGUACACAAGAUGCAGUGACAGGCACCUGUUCAAACGGAGUCCAUUUAAGAUUACAGGAAAGCAAUAGUCUGUUCUUUUCAUGGUCUGGCAUGCGGAGAGUAAUGAAAGCAGACAAGCCUCAAUAAAGUUUAUCUUUUUUUUUCUUCCUUCCCAUUACGCUCACCUUUUCCAUUCCCAACUUUCCUGUUCACAUUUACUAAAUAGUGGAUUGUAUUGCAUUGCCGGCUAACUAGCAAAGGCUUGGCCACAAUACUACACAGGGUUACUGACUAAACUUCAUAUUGUAGUUAAUUUAAAUCUGGAUGGCAACAGUGAGGCUAUAAAAACUGCUCUUAGAAUAUUCUCCAACUCAACUGUAAUCACAGUUACAGUUUUGCCAUUUGGAUUCUAAUUUGCUAUUAUUUGGAGCUUAGUGAAUUAAAUUGUCAGGAUUCUAUUACCUACAUAACAGGUUGUGGUGGCUGGAGAAACUACUAUCAAACGUAGACCAAACUAGCAGAGAUGGAAAAAAGCUCAGAUUCAGUUUUUCUCAAAUUAACUGGUUUGACCUCAUUUUGCAGGGUGGUUCAAAGCUAAGUGACUGUUUAGUAAAUACACCUCCUUCAGGAUAUAAAAAAAAUCCAGGGGGGACGGGGGCUUGGCUAUUUUGGCUUGCUUUUUUCAGAUCCUUCUCAACCCUCCUGAACCUAGAAAUCCAUUCACCAAACAGUAAAUUGAGACAAACUGAAAACCAGUUUCCAAAAUGAAUACAAUCUCCAAUUUAGCAAAGCUGGGGAUAUGUAUUCUAGAGCUGCUACUAAGGCCUACAUUUUGUGUCUAGUGUAUAGACCCCAGGGCUCUAAUAACAGACCACAUGGAAUCUUCAGUUGUGGUACAUUGAUAACUGACUUAAAAAACUGAUAUAUAUUCUCUCGUUCAGAUAUUUUCACAAAUCUGUUUAAGCUUAAAUGUAUCAAGUUGGUUCCCCAUGCAGCACAUCUCACUGUUCAUUGAAUAACCCCUUAAAUCUUUAUCUUUUACCCCCUCCACUGUAAUAAUUUAAAACAGAAGGUAAUUUUCUAAUUUUCUAAACAGAACAAUAAUCAUUGUCAGAUGAGGAUCAUAGAAUACAGAGACAGGGAGACAGAGACAAACAGACAGACAUACGGACACAGAGAGAGAUUUACUCACUCACAAGGCCUCUAUUUAAUACUCUUUAAAAUUGAUUCAAUGCUCUUGACAAAAUUUGUCAAAUGAGUUCAUAAAUUCAUAGACUUCAAUGGUGGCUUCUGUAGCUAAAAAUCUUUUAAAAAGUAUGUCUAUCAGUAUUGAAUCAUUUAGAAAGUGUAUUUAAAAACAAGCCUAAAAUUUUGGUCCUGUUAAAAUUUGUACAGAAAUGCUGAAUUGUCAGAUUAAAAUAGAAGAGGCCCCCAAAAAUGAUACAAACAAAGCAUUAUUCCCUAAUCUGGCACUCAAAGUUAACAUGUAUUUAUUAUAUAUAUAUAUUUUAAUAUUUUUGUUUUUACUCCCCUCUGAAAAGAAAUACAUAAAAAAAUCUAAUUAUUGUGCACUUCUGAGCAUGCCUAACAAUGGAUUAUUUUACACAAUUGCUAUUUCAGUUUUUUUUGUAAAUUUGAAUGACUGCUAUCUGGCAUCACAAAUAUAUAACGAUAAACUGGCCUUAGAAUAUAAAUACUUAGGGCAGUAACGGCCAAGGGCAAUGAUUAAAAAAAAAUUAAAAUGCACAUUUUCUUUUAAUGCACUGUUGUUCAUGAAAAAAAGGAUGUAAAUAUUUGUUUAUUUAAUAAAAAAAAAAAAGACUCUUCUUAGGACAAAUGCAAAUGAACAACUGCAUUCUUCAUCAAACCCUUUGUGAUCCGAAACGUUACUCUGCCUCAGCAACAGGGGGUUAAAAUACAAGAACGACAUAUUGUAUGCACUCACAAAUUCGUGGUAUUUUUCUUUAAAAAAGUUUAUAUUUGAGCUGUACAGGGUAAACCAUAACUCAAAUGUUGCAUUUCAUUAUGUUACAUUUUUCCUAGUCUUUUAAGUACCAGGGGUGUUCCCAGUGCAUUGCAAAGGAAUGCUUUGGGCAGAUCUCUGGCACUCAAAGGGUUAAAUAUUAUUAAAUCAUUUGCUGUGCUGUCUUUGGAUUCACAUGUAACUGUCUACCUCACUGUAAUUCAAGUAGAAAUUUGCAAAGUAUCUGAGGUAAAUUAAUAUUCCAACCAUUUUUACAGUACAAUUUAC